GCUGCUGCUUCGCCGAGCACCCGGGGAGAAAACUCUCCUCCCUUGAGGCUCGGUACUCUGGCCCCUCUGGGACUCCUGCUCUUCCCAGCUCUCCCUCCUCCCAGCGCGCACAAGCCUCCCCACACCCGCUUUGGGGGCUUUUAACUUCUUGGUGUUGACGUUAAUUUAGGCUUUAAAAGUCUAAUUGCUGAGUAGAAGCUGUCAUAGCCGAGCUGGGAGACAUCCCGGAGUUAUUUACAAACAGACGCCUCACAACCAGCGAAGUCCCAAAGUAAUCGGCACUGGCUCCAGUAACAGCGAUCACGCCGCCGCCGCCGCCGCCGCCGCCGCCGCCGCCACCAGCUAGGGCGGUCCGCCGGGGUCCCCUUCAUUUCUCUUAAGCCUCCUCUUGGCUGUUUGCACAGUUGAGCCUCUCGUUCGCCGAGCCCCUGGAUCGUCUCUUAGGAAAUUGCAAGGAAUGCCAGCAUGCCGUCAGUUUCUAGAUGUCUCCCCCCCUAAUAAUAAAAGGUGUCAUAGAGUACACCCCCUCCCCACCCCCACAGGCCAGAGGUUGGUGCCCAGUCCAAGUGAUAGUUUUAGCUUCAUCUUGGCUCUUUUGGAGAUGAAGUGUUAAACGCAACUAAGUUCCUUUCCCCCCCCUUUUGAGGAGGGAAUUUCAAAACUCAGUUAAAAAGCGCUAUUGACCAUUUGAGCCAAGGCGUUUAUCCACUUGGAAUUCUGUGUGCUCACGCCCAAAGGGAAGGAGGAAGGGAGAUCCGAGAUGUUCUAUACCUCUUCUCCCCCCGCGGUUUUCUAAAUGCCCCAGUGCAGAGACAAACUGCGAAGCACUCAGUCCUGCUUGCGUUGUGUGGCGAGAGGUGGGGGAGGGGGCGCCGCGGCCGCGGGCGGAGAGGCAGGGUUGGCCAGGCUUCUCCCAGCAAACCGUGGAUGCCCUGGCCUCUCCGGGGGCUCAGGCUGGAAAAUGUUCAGAAUGGGGAGGAAGAGCUUUACGUUUGAUGGGGAGAACAUGUAUAUGGGGAUGAAUGAGGCUAACCAGGAGUUCCUAUCGGCCAAUCAGACUUAUAAUGGUCAAAGUGAGACUAACGAAGACUAUGAAAUCCCUCCUAUAACUCCUCCUAAUCUCCCAGACCCCUCCCUUCUUCACCUGGUGGACCACGAGACUGGCUAUCAUUCACUCUGCCACAGCCUCCCUCCAAACAGCCUGAUACCAGCAUAUUCCUAUCAAAACAUGGACCUGCCCGCCAUCAUGGUGUCCAAUAUGCUGACUCAAGACGGGCACCUCCUCUCAAGUCAACUACCCACAAUCCAGGAGAUGGUCCAUGCAGAAGCAUCAUCCUACGACUCCAGCAGACAGGUGUCCCUGCUCAAUCGCCCCACGAUGCUUGCUGGUCACAUGAGUGCCCUCAGCCAGUCGCAGCUGAUUUCACAGAUGGGCAUCAGGAGUGGAGUGAGCCAUGGCUCCCCAUCACCCCCAGGAAGUAAAUCGGCCACUCCAUCCCCCUCCAGUUCCACUCAGGAAGAGGAGACAGAAGCUCAUUACAAGGUCACUGGAGAAAAGAGACCCUCUGCUGACCUGGGCAAAAAGCCCAAGAGUCAAAAGAAGAAGAAGAAGAAGGACCCCAAUGAGCCCCAGAAGCCCGUGUCAGCCUAUGCCCUGUUUUUCAGGGACACACAAGCGGCCAUCAAGGGACAGAACCCCAACGCCACCUUUGGGGAUGUGUCCAAGAUUGUGGCCUCCAUGUGGGACAGCCUGGGAGAGGAGCAAAAGCAGGCCUAUAAGAGGAAAACCGAAGCUGCAAAGAAAGAAUAUUUAAAGGCACUGGCAGCCUAUCGGGCCAGCCUCGUUUCCAAGAGCUCUGCGGAACAGAAUGAGGCCAAGCCCCCCCAGCCGAAUCCAUCUUCUAAAAUGAUUCCCCCCAAGCAGCCUGCCAUGUAUACCAUACCACCCCAGGCGUCCUCGCCCUACCCGGGCCUUGGUUCGUUCCUGUCCCCAUCUGACCUCCAGGGCUACCGUGGCCACCCUCACCCCAGCCUCUCCAGGACCCUCAACUCCAAAUCCAUGCUGCCCAGCAUCAGUGCCUCGCCGCCACCGCCGCCGCCAUCUUUCCAGAUCAGUCCUCCGCUCCACCAGCAGCUGGCCCUGCAUCACCCCCAGAGCGCCAUCCUCAACCAGUCCCUCAGCAUGCAGCCAGUCCCCCAGCAAUCCAUCUUGUCUCCUCCGCCCAUGGCACUACAGGUCCAGCCCCCGAUGAGUACCUCGCCUCCAGGGCAGCAGGAUUUCUCACACAUCUCACCUGAGUUCCAAAGCAGCGUUGGCUCCCGCUCCCCUGGCACAUCUAACACCCCAGGAAAUAGUGACUGGGACGGUGAUUACCCCAGCCGAGAGUGCGGCAUUAACCACUGCAGCAUGCUCCCAAGAGAUAAGUCACUCUACCUCACCUAAACCGGCCAUUUCUCCCCUCCGAGGCUCAGAAGAAGGACACGGGCAUGUGGGCCUGGACACUGGGAGGAAGCACCGAGCAAGUCCCGGCGGCUUGGAGGGCUGUUCAAGACACCUGUACAUUGCCCAGCUGGGGAGCAGUUCCUCCUUUCCAACUCCAAAGCCAACUUCUGAAGGCAGAGAGCUCGCUAGGUCCCCCCAUCCCCCCAAGAACAAACCAGACCCCCUUUUCUGUUCAUCCGCUUAGCUUAGCUCCAGACUCUUUCCCUAGUUUCUGCACCAGGCUCCCCCGCUGGGCCAGCCCCAGAGCAGACUGCGCCUUCUGACUUGCUAACAGCACUUGAUCCGUGCAAGGAAAUGUGAAGUAUGUGUGAAUAGUGUACAUGCAAAGGCCUUGGAUAUCCAGCAAAGUAAAUCCCGAAAUCCACAGACACCCCACUGGCAUGCCUCGCAGGGAGGGGGCGGGUGGCCGGCCAGAGGGCUGGUAGAAAUGCAAACCCAGUUUUACAAACGUGCCCACUGUCCUGGGCGUGAGUGUGUUGGCUCCAUGUCAGUAGAUUACUAAGUGUGUUAGACCUGUGCUAAAGACAUCUUUAAGAUUUUUUUGUGGAAGAAAAAUAGUAGUUUACUUUCUAGUAAAAAGCAUUUUAUAUUAACUGUAGCACAUUUUUUUAGUUAUACAUAGACAGAAGAUGUGUAUAAAAAGCCUGCCAAACCUGUUUCUAUGAUUUCUACAGCAAGAAAUGGACAGUUUCUAGCCAUGUUGCCUGGCAUUGUUAUUUUUUUUCAGCCAUAUGUCCAUCUAUUUAAAAUUGCUGAUGAUGAUUUUUGUCUAUUUAUGGAAAAGGAAAAAUAAGAAGGGGGAAAAACAACACCAGAAUUAGAGUUUCUCAGAAGGGGCGUUUAUUUCCAUUUGGUUUUGCUCUGACUUUCUUUGUUAAAGGGUUCCCUUGACCCCGACACAUUUGUUUUGGUUCACAUGCUUAGCUCAAACUUUCUUUAUAAUAAAAUUUCUGAAAAGUAGAAAGCAAA